AUGAGCUCGUCAAAUUUAGCAGAGGCACAAGUGACUGGAAAUGAAGGAACUGGAGCAAGUGGAGCACAAGCUGAUAUUCGAUGGCCAACAGAUAGUGCUAGCUAUAAAUUGGAGGAAAGUAUUGGAGUUGGUGCAACUGCAACUGUUUACACGGCAAUUUGUAUACCAAGAAAUGAGCGAGUUGCUAUAAAAUGUAUCAAUUUGGAGAAGUGUCAAACUUCGGUUGAUGAAUUGAGCCACGAAAUUCAGGUUGGUUUUUUGGGGUUUUUUUAUAUUGGAAUUUUGAUUUAAAAAUAAGAUUAUUAUGGAUAAAAAUCUGAAUCGGACUCGAAAAAUUCGAAUUUUAGAAUUUAAAAAAAAAAUCCUGAAAUUCUAUAACUUUUGAAUCGGUCACGGAAUUUUGAAUGAGGCCGAUUCAGGCGUCCAAGAGACCAGGCCCCAGUCCAAAUCUUUAAAAAAUUUCAAAUUUUAGGCAAUGUCUCAAUGCAAUCAUCCAAAUGUUGUCAGCUAUCAUACUUCUUUUGUAGCUGCUGAAGAAUUGUGGGUUAUAAUGCGAUUGUUAAAUUGUGGCUCAAUGUUGGAUAUUUUGAAACGAAAGGUUAAAGUGAGUUUCUUCAUCUCAAAAUCUUAUCUUAUCUUAUCUCAAAAAACAUAUGAUUUUUAGGCGAUUGGAAAAGAGCAAGCAAUGUUUGGUGUUUUGGAUGAAGUGACAAUAGCUACAGUACUUCGGGAAGUUUUGAAAGGUCUUGAAUAUUUUCAUUCAAAUGGUCAAAUUCAUCGAGACAUAAAAGCUGGUAAUAUUUUGUUGGCCGAUGAUGGAACUAUUCAAAUUGCUGAUUUCGGUGUUUCUGGAUGGUUGGCUUCUUCGGGCGGUGAUUUAUCCAGACAAAAAGUUCGACAUACUUUCGUUGGAACACCUUGUUGGUUAGUUAAAUUUAAUAAAAUAUUGAUAAUUAAAUUAUAAUUUUCCAGGAUGGCACCAGAAGUAAUGGAACAAGUUCAAGGAUAUGAUUUUAAAGCUGAUAUUUGGAGUCUUGGAAUUCUUGCGAUUGAAUUGGCUACUGGAACUGCACCAUAUCAUAAAUAUCCACCAAUGAAAGUAUUGAUGUUGACGUUGCAAAAUGAUCCACCAACUUUGGAAGCGAAUUCUGAACGAAAAGAUCAGUAUAAAGCAUAUGGAAAAUCGUUUAGAACAUUUAUCAGAGAUUGCUUGCAGGUAUUAUUCUAUUUUGUUUUCAAAACAUCUCAUAAAUAAAAAAUAAUUAUAGAAAGAUCCAACAAAACGACCAACAGCUUCAGAACUUCUCAAAUACUCGUUUUUCAAAAAAUCAAAAGAUCGUAAAUAUCUUGUACAUACAUUAAUCGAAAAUCUGGCAUCUGUGCCAGUAAUUAGUCAUCAUAGCACGAAAAAAGUGGCAUCGGGAAAAUUGCGAAAAGAUCAAUACGGUAACUGGGAGUUCGAAUAUGAUUCACCUGAAGAAUCGGAUAGUGAAGAAGAUGAAGAAAGAGAGGAAAAACGGAAAGAAGAUAAUGUAGAUAAAGAAAAAGAAGGAAAAACAGCAACAACAACUGGAGGAAGUGGAGAAGGAGAUGAAAGUGGAACAAAUAAUUCGGAAACAUUGAAUUUGGUAUUGAGAGUGAGAAAUCAACAAAGAGAAUUGAAUGAUAUCAAAUUUGACUACACUAAAUCUGCUGAUACUGGUUAGUUAAAGAAAUUUCGGGGAUUUUCAGAAAAUGCGGGAUUUCUCAGAGAGAAAAAGUUUUUUAGCGCAAAAAUACAGUUUGAAAAAUGUUUUUGACACAUUAUUUCGAUUCAGAAAAUGUCAAAAAACUAUAUUUGUUUCCAUUUUCGCGAUUUUUUCAUUGAAACGGUUUUGUGCCGAGAUAUUUUUAUUUUUUUUUGUGGAUAUUUUGUGAAUCAAAUUUUUUUCGACUUGAAAUAUCCUAUAAGAUUCCAAUUUUGGUUCAAAAAUAAAGUUUCUGAUUUUAAGCUUUUUCUUAAACCUAUAAAUGAAAAACACAGAAAUUUUAAAUAGUAACAAUUUGAAUAAUUCAAAAAAAUCAUAAAUUUUUUUUUUUUGAAUCCGAACUUCAAAAUAAAAACUUCAAUUCUCGACAAAAUUUUUUCAAAUAUUUUUCUGUUGUUUUUCAGUGGAAGGAAUUGCUCACGAAUUGGUGACUGCUGAAUUGAUUGAUUGCCACGAUUUGGUUAUUGUUGCUGCAAAUCUCCAGAAAUUGAUUGAUUUAGCUGAAGCGAAAUCAGAUAAACGAUCCAUUACUUUUGCUCUUAACUCCGGAGUUGCUCCAAAUGAGGUUGGUUUGACUCUAAAAUUCUUUACUUAAAAAAAUGAUCUAAAAUUUAAAUUUCGAAAUUUCCAGGUUCCCGAUGAACGAACAUUAACAGGCUUCGCUCAGAUUUCAUUACUUGAUUGA